GGCUCAGAGGACAGUGCAUAUUUACAGGGUGCUGCCAGUAGGCCACGUGUGAUGAAGAGAGGCCUGGACGAAUUUCACAUUGAGGAUGGCGAGCCCGAGAAAGUGGAUCAUCUUCUAUUUCUUGUCCAUGGUAUAGGCAGCGUCUGCGACUUGAAAUUUCGAACCGUCGAGGAAGUUGUUGACGAAUUUCGGAGCAUAUCGCUACAAUUGGUUCAGUCGCACUAUCGAACUGCCAGCGAGCAAAGAAUCGUGAACAGGAUAGAGGUUCUACCGAUUUCUUGGCACACUACGCUCCAUUCUGAAGACACUGGAAUCGACAAGAAACUACAAGCCAUCACGUUGGAUAGUAUACCUAAACUACGACACUUUACCAACGACACAUUGCUCGACAUACUUUUCUACACUAGUCCCGUCUAUUGUCAGACCAUAAUGCAAACGGUUGGAAGUGAGAUGAACAGGCUUUACGCACUUUUUAAGGAAAGAAAUCCGGACUUUCUUGGAGGAAUAUAUCUAGGCGGUCAUUCGUUGGGUAGUUUAAUUUUAUUCGAUCUCCUGUGCCAUCAGAAGCCAGUGUCCAAUGACAAAUCGAACGCUGACGAUACUGAAAGCAACGAGGAAAAGAAAGAAGAAGACAAUGACAUGUCUCGAGUAUCGUCCGGUCGGGUCUUAAAGAGACGUCAUAGUAAAAAAAUCAGUUACGUGAUCGGCGCUGCUGGAACGGGCCAGCCUUAUAUACAUUAUCCGCAACUGAAUUUUCACCCAUGUGCCUUUUUCGCUCUCGGUAGCCCGAUCGGUAUGUUCGUAACAGUUCGAGGCAUCGAUAUGCUCGGGGAGGAUUUUGUGUUACCAACGUGCCCGGCCUUCUUCAAUAUAUUUCAUCCGUUCGAUCCUGUUGCCUACAGGGUCGAGGCGCUCAUUAAUCCGGAAGCUCACAAAUAUCGGCCGAUGUUAAUUCCGCACCACAAAGGGCGGAAAAGAAUGCAUUUAGAAUUGAAAGAAACAAUGGCACGCGUUGGAGCGGAUCUGAAGCAGAAACUGCUCGAUUCUGUGAGAAAUACGUGGAACUCUGUCUAUCAGCUGGCUGUGUUUCAUAAACCGGAUAAUAGUGUUCUGGAACGAGAAAUUGAUAAAGUGGUCGAGGAGGAAUUUCAGAAAACACCAACUGUGCCAGAACAACAGACUUACGACGAUGGCGGUACUGACUUUAAAGUGGGCGAAUUAAAUGGCGGACGAAGAGUAGAUUACGUUCUUCAGGAAGCGCCUUUCGAAUAUAUCAACGAAUACAUUUUUGCUCUAACAAGUCAUGUCGGCUACUGGGAGUCUGAGGACACGAUGCUGCUGAUAUUAAAGGAGAUAUAUGGUUCCGCGGGUAUUCAGACGGAUGCUCAGCUCCCUCAACAGACAUUGUCGAUAGAACGAGCGUCUCCUUUUCCACCCUUGGUUUCAUCGGUAUCUACGUCUACGAACAGCGAUAUUACAUCGCCCGUACCUGUUAUAGGAAUGGAUCCUACUGCACCAAUAUUAGAAAGAUCUGUCGGCCCCCCUCCAAAGAGUGGAUUUCUUAGAAAAUCAUGAUUAAG